GAUUGGUACAAAGGUACUGUACAGUAAACCACAUAAAAGAACAUUAAGAACAUUUUCCAGUUUUAUUUUCUGAUGUCAAAAAAUAUGGUUUUGAUUAAAUACGUUUUAGUGCAGCUACUUUUGUAUGAGGCUUUGGACUUGGACCCCUCACCUGUCCUCUCACCUGUAUCUGUAGUCAAUCAUUAAUCUGACAGCAUAUACUCCAGACCAACACGGAAACAACAGGACACACAUUUGUGGAAGCAGGUUUCAUCCCUGGCUUGGAGACAUGGCUGUUUUACUCUGUGUAGAGCCACAUCCACAACAUUGAACAGGAGAAUGAUAAUGGGUUCUUUCUUCCCUCAUAGUUUAUAAGUAGAAGUUGGACAGAGUUAUUUUUAGAAUGGGAAGAGGCAACUGUACCUGGAUAGGGCCGGAGAUCCCUCUGUCCUCAGAGAUCUUCAGCGCCAUUAAAGAUGACCUGUGGCUCUUCCUCAUCCCAGCCGGUUUGGCUGUGAUUCUCCUGGGUGUGUUUCUGGAGGAGCUAGGCUUCAUCCUGCGUAACAUCACCUCAUCCAGACGCAGGCAGCUUUACAUGUGGAUACUAGGAAUGUACCCGGUUUUUGCCCUGACCUCGGUCAUAGCUCUGUUUGUGCCUCGCUCUUCUUCUCUGUGUAACUUCAUCGCUUCACUGUAUCACUCCAUCACCCUGUUGAAGUUCAUGGAACUGAUCACAGACUUCUUUGGAGGGAAAACUCCUAUGCUGGCUGCUCUGUCUGGACAGAAGGUUCCCCCUGAUCCUUUUCCUUGUUGCUGCUGUUGCUGUCUCCCGAUGGUGUCCAUCAACAGCAGUCGUGUCUGGAUGAUGGCUGCUGUUCUACAGCUCUCUGUUGUCCGCACCAUCCUGUUCUUUGUCAACCUGGUCUUGUGGACUGAUGAACAGUACGACUAUGGAGAUGUGGAUUCCGUCAACCCCAAUCUGUACGUGAAUGGUAUCAUCUGUGUCUCCACUUUUUUGUCCUUCUACGGCCACCUGCUGUUCUACAAAACCACUAAAAGUGCUCUACACGGCUACGGACUGAGAGCCAAGUUCAUUUGUAUCAUCCUGGUGUUGGUGCUUUGUGGAGUGCAGAGUGGUAUCUUGGAGACCAUGGGUGCCCUGGAGGUCAUCCCAUGCACACCACCUUUGUCUGUCCUGACCAGAGCCCAGAUGAUCUAUCAUUACUGUGUGAUCGUGGAGAUGUUCUGUAUUGGCCUGUACGCCCGCCACACAUUCCGUAAGAUAGAGCCAAGCAUGUCGGAGGAUGUGGAGAUGCCCUUUGGUGUGUGGCAGGUAGACAAGUCUGUUCAAACUGAAGGUGAGCAGAUGAUCCAUCACAUGGUUUCUGUGACAUCAGAAGGGGCCAGAAGGGGCCCAUGUCGUCUUGGUGGCUCCAAUCCAAGUUACAGUGACAGUGAAGACAGUCUCUGCAAGAUAGAGCAUGCUCCUCUGGAUGGCUUCCCCUUCCCUCAGGCAAGACGUCAACAAAGGGGCAGAGCAGAGUUGGUGGAGCCAAAGUCUGGAGAGGAACCAGGAGUAGAUCGGACCCAGAUUACCAUCAGUGCUGAUAUCAACUAUCAGGACUCUACGAAUGUCACCGUGGUUUAAAUGUGAGGCCUUUUAACAAAAUAGU